AUGGUGUGCAAGGACGAGGUGUGUCUGUGGUUUAAGGACAAUGAGCCGCACCGCCGCCUCGAGCUGCUGUGCGGCCUGCUCAACAUGUGUCUGCCGCUCGAGCUCAGGUUCGUGGCCUCCUGCGUCGAGGACCUGGCCAAGCGGGACAGCCACGACCUCAGGGAGGCCCACUACAAGGCCAACAACCUGCACGAGGUCGCCAAGCUGGAGAGCCUGCUGGACGAGCGGACGCGCAGCAAGGCCAUCGUGUUCAUCGCGCUACUCACCGCCAGGAACCACACCUGCUCCAGCCGCCUCUUCCAGGCCGUGGCGGGCGCCCACCACGGGCCCCGCGGCGUGGGCGUGGACGAGGGGCGGGCGGCGCGGGCGGAGGGCGAGGCCGAGCGCCCCGCCGACCCCGAGGGCGACGUGCCCGAGGCGCAGCAGGUGCCCGACCCGGCGGGCCCUCAGCAGGUGCCCGAACGGCCGGGGGCGCAGCAGGUGCCCACUGCCUACGACGCCGACUACGUGAAGGAGAUGCUGCUCAUCUACACGAUGGUCCUGCACCACCCGGCCUUCACCUUCGAGCAGAAGCGCAUCAUCGCGGAGCUGCACACGGCCACCCUCAGACUGGAGGAGCAGCUGUGCCAGGUGCUCUCCCAGACGUGCGCCACCGCUUCCGAGGCUUGUGACAGUGGGCUAAGCGUUGGAACAGAGCCUGACGGAGACACGGUGUCCGACGGCUCUGGACUGCUCCCUACCCCGGGGCCCCCACUUCAUUUCCACCAGCACCACACUCCUACGUUGAGACCAGGUGUCCCCAGCCAUAAUGUAUCACAGACCGCUGAGGAAGGUGGUGGGAGUCAGGAUGCCUGCAGUAGUGGCAGUGGAGAAUCUAGUGAACUGUAUAAUGAAGGGGGAACUGUGCCUACCACCUAUAUUUACAAUUCCAAUAUCUUAGAUCAACAGAGUUUUGUUGCCCUAAACAACAACCUGUUAACCAUGAAUCCAGGAUAUCCGUGCAACCAUCAGAGCAGCUUCCACUACUAUACUUACCCUCAGGUGGUGGAUGCCUUACCUGCCUCUAUACCCGGGGCAAGGGGGGCACCUUCUGAAGGCUCAAGCAGUGAGGAUGGUGCCAUAAGCACGGCCCAUGCUGGCCCACCAGCCACGGCCUCUCCUCUCAGCUCUGCUCAGUCUUCACCUUAUGCCUCCCCUCUGCAGUCCCUCAGUCCAAGUCGUGCCUCGUCACCCUGGUCAAGGCCUGCUACCACCACCACUACCACUACCACAACAACAGUAGCUAAUUUACCUCUUACUAUAACAUCCUCCACCACGACCACAUCCAAGUGUGCCGUGUUGUCUAUUCACUCCAGUCCAAGGAUAGCUCAUAAAUACUCACCAUGUGUCACUCAGACCACUUCUCCAGUGAUGGCUGGCAACAGUAGUCCUGUCACACAUUCUGGGACCAUUUCUACAGCUCAGACUCACCGUGGAAAGCCGCCUGCAGCUGGUAACCGGCCACAGAGACAAGCGGAUCGCUCUGGAUCCCGGACGAGAUUACCUGUGGCUUCCACGGUGGAUACUGGAGUGGGCGUUGGAAGUCAGAAUAGUCCAUCUGCUAAUCGCAGCAUAGUCCAGACCUCACCCUCAGUGUGCAGCAGUAAUGGGCAUAGCAAGAGUUCUUCCUCUAGAUGGUCGACAAGCAUGUCAACGUCAACAACUCCAUCUACCUCUUCCCAGUGUGUUGUAACUACUCCGACUUCUAGUGUGAGAAGCGUUAGUAGACAGAACAGCCAGAGUCCCUGUCCCACGUCGGGUGCCACCACAACUUGCAAAUCCCAGACCACCUCUACUGUCAUAGCCAGCUCUUCGUCAUUCAAGACCAACAGCAGCCAUACAAUAAGUGGAGCAACAACGUCCCUAACUUCUACUUCCACCACUGCCACCACAACAAGAAACACAUCAUCACCAGUCGUCCAAGAGAAAAUUGUCCACACCAUUGGUAACAGUUCAGGGAUAAGACCACCACCACCGUCAACAGCAAGUUCUAGUUCUGUAAUGAAUACUUCUAACACAGAAAAUUCUGCCGUUAAUAAUAAUAAUUGCCUCAACUAUGAGUUUUGCAAGAAUGAGAAAUUGAACAAGUAUUAUCAGCGCCUGUCGGAAUAUUCAGUUGAUAAGUUAAAACGGAUGACAGACCGCGAACUCCUAGAUUUAGGGCUGACUAAAAGUGCCCUGACAAAGCUACGGCGUGUCCUGGCUGGUUUAGAAUCCCCUAAUUACCACUGCCCAAAUGGCUUUACCAGUCCGCCAGCUACCCCACAUGCGCACUCAUUACCCCAGGCAAACCAUACAUCUUUCAGUCAAUCAGAGAAUGCCACACAAAAUCAAAUGAUUAUGCCUAAUGUUAACCAGAGCAGUUUACAAAGUCAACCCAGUUCAGUGCACAAUCCUCCUAUCACCACCAUCACCUCCAACAGUACACACAAUGUGCACACGACACACACAUCAAAUACCACACACUCAGCACUGCAGAGCCAAACACAAAGUCAUGGAAAGACUUUUCAAAACACAAAUAUGGACCACCCUGUAAAUGGAACUUCUGAACGACAGAAUGGCUCUCCCCCCAACACCACUCUCACCCCUACUCCUACCACCACCACCACCACUACCACCUCUUCCCCUUCCUCAACCUCCUCCUUCUCUUCCUCCUCCUCCUCCUCCUCUUCGUCCUCCUCCUCCUCCUCUCCCUCCUCUUCUUCCUCUUCCUCCUCUUCUUCCUUGGAAUCUGAAGUGCCAUCAUCUUCCCUGAGCACCACCACCUCUGGUGCUGUCACUGUGGUAACUAUCACAUGCGCCAGCCUUAUAUCCCCAGCUGUUUCUCUUGCUAGCAUUGCUGCAACAGCAAGCACAUCUGCCUCUCCAGCUGCAGCAACACAAGUCACUCAAUGCCAUACAGUUACAAUUCCACCAAGUCAGAAAUUACCCAGUGUUUCACAACCACCACCAUUUUCCUCAUGUAGUGGAAGUUCCGCUACACCUGUAAUCACUGCAGCUAUGAACGUACAGAGUUCUCAUUCAAACUGUAGCUCUGCCAUACCUUCCACUACCUCUCAUCCCACAUCUGCUGUGCCUACUCCUGUCUCAGCCACUAACUGUGUUCCUCACUACAUGACAACUCCACCUCCGUGCAUCCAGCUGAAGACUCCACCGCUAUCAGGUGGCUCCAGUCAACACCACAUAGCUACUCAGCCUCAGCAUGGCCAGCUUAGAACACCCCCACCUCCACUGUGUGUUCCUCCCCGCACACCUUCGCGAGAACCAGCUACUCCAAGCACAAGCAAUGGGCUCAAUAUCAGUAAUGGAUCCCAGCAGGUCAGAAAUGCCUUCUACACUAGCAACAAUGGACCAGGUGUAAAGAGUGGUGCAGCUGCCAGUUGUAGUAUUGCAGGACCCACACCAUCCCUACCUGGGAGUCUAACUGGUUAUAGCAACCCGGUAGGCAUGCACACCUCGUCUGGGAAUAUGCCGCUUCCUGCCUAUACUUCUGCAGCAACUGUAGCUUAUACUGUAGCCAAUAAUAUGAACAUGCCUGUUUAUACAUCUUCUGGGAACAUGGGUGUUCCCCCACCUACUAACGGAGGGCUGAUGCCUAUGGUACCUCCAGGAAGUUCAUAUCCAACCACCUACUUGUACCCACUACUAGGGGGCCCUGCAGGCUCACAUACCUACGUUCCUCCGGGGUCUUAUGCUGCCCAGCAUCCCCAUAGACCUGUUUAUAUAUCACAUAUGCAGCCAAUGGGUCAUGUAGCCCACAUGAAGCCCACACAUCAACCAGGAGGACAUGUAGGCACUGGGGGUGGCAGUAGAGGUGGAAGUAGCAGCAGCAGCAGUAGCAGCAGUAGCAUUAGCAGUGGCAGUGUACGAGGAUUCAACAAGGUCGGGCAGAGGGGCCACGGUCCAAUCAAAGGUGGCACGAGGUCGUCGGACUCUUCUCCUUCGUCCUCGCAGUACUCAUCCCCGCCACAGACACCUAGUCCAGAUCAUACACGUGAGACAGAUAAACGGGGUAAAAAUGAUGGAACUGAACCUGGGGAAGCAGGGGAAAAUGCAGGAUUAAUAGGGUCAGGUGCUAGUGAAGAAGGAACUCCACCCCCAUUGCACCAUCCCCCUAAUCCUGUCCUGAUGCCUCCCCACACUGGCCUGGCACAACCCCGUUAUGUGCAGUACCAGCAACUAAGCUACAUGGGUUUUCACCAGACAGGUAUAAGGUAUCAGGGUUUGCCCUUGUCAGCCCAGACACACGUGGUGGCUCCUAGAAAUCCUCUUCCGCUGAAUGGGGACAAGUCCAGCCGUGAGACUACGCCCCCUGCACCAGUUUCCUUACCACUGGUUCAGCAAGAUCCACAGUGCUGUAUACGAUCUACUGACACUAAUGUUGCCCCGACCACAUCAGCUGGAGGGAGUCAUGGGCGUAAUGGUGGCUCUCCUCACACAGUACCCUCCCACCCAGAUGGUUCUUUGCCUCCUGUAGCUCUCACCCCUGUCCCAAGUAUUGCCUCAGCCACCACGGCCCAAGUACCUCCUGGUAACUUGUGUUCUGGAGCAAGACAUAGUAAUGUACAGUACAAUGCCACAAGUUACCCAGUGCUCAUGGGUACACACAUGUUUCCUCACCUUCCAGGAUUUAUGUCGGCCCAUAGCUCUGCUCUGUCAAAUGGCUUUGUAUCCCCUUCAUUACCUCCUAACAUAGCCUUUCCCCCAAUGGGCAAUGGAAUGAAUGCAGAAUUUGGUGUAUAUGGAGGUCAGUAUCCGGUGUUAGGAGGUAACUCUCAAGGUGGUGGUGGUGGCGGUGGUGGUGGUCCGGGCACUGCUUGUGGAACCCCAAAUGUGAUGGGCCCCCCGUCUACUCCGGGCCCAGGCCUUGCUGCAGGGCUGCCGUACCCUCACCACUAUGUCCUGCCCCACACACCCAAUCCGUCCGCCGGUGCAAAGAAGACUUGCUACAACUGUGGGCAGGUGGGUCACCGCGGUGCUGAGUGCAAGGAGGCAAACAUAGAGGAAAUGUGCAAACGUACCAAAGACCGUCCGGUCUGAGUACAAAAUAUCAUGGUGCAAUAAUAAAAACACAGCCACCCAUUAUGCCAGCACUGUGGAACAGAACUCUCAGCACAACUGACAAAGCUACCUUAGGUCAAGGGCUGAAAAUUGUGUGUUGAUAGUCAUCAUCAUUUGCAGUUUUGAGCAUCAAGCUGACUGUGGUUUUAAAGUAAAUGUUGUUUUACUUACAUAGACUAGUCCAUGACGAAUGCAGAUGUAAGAGUGGUCAUGUUAUUGGUCAAUCUAGUGCCAACAAUUUUCCUAUCAAAACUCAUAUUAUUUCAUCUGAUAGGGUUACAAUUAGGAAUGAUGGUUGAUAUAAGUAUGCAGCUGAAUUAUUUUUCAACAGUGAGGAGUUUAUAGUUCUGAAAUGAAUUUUUAUUUAUUGAAGAUUAAAAGGAAUAUGUUAAGUAUUGUGUAUGUUAACACUAUUUGUGAUUAUUGAUGAGUAUGUAGUCAGUGAGUAUUCAGGAGGCCAAAGAAGUGACAGAAGAGGAUGGAUAAGGCCAGUGAUAUUUAUUGUUUAGCUCGUGGGAGAUAAUUCUGUCAAGGACAGGAAAAUCUGUUGCAUUAGUGUCAUUAAAUUUAUUAUAAAUCACUUUUUUUGUUUUGGAAGUAUAAAAGUGAUACCUUGAACAAUGUUCAGAAACUUUUUUUUUUUUUUUUUCACAUUGACAAAAAGGUGAAUUUUGCAUCAAAUUCUGUGAGACAGCUUUUUCAUCUUAUAAUCUACAUCUGGGUAUAAAGAGUUAAUUUAGAAAUUGUUUGCAUGUGUAAUUGGAGUUGUGAAGCUGAGUUACAAAGAGGUUGGGUCAAUAUUUCUUAGAGAAAGUGACUCAAGACGUACUUUCCAUAUUCAAUAUUUGUAUGAAGGCAAUCAGAUUCUUUGGCAGCUUUUAAAAAAUGCACCAGAGUCUAAUGAAUCAAAUUAAAAGAUCAUGAAAAAAUGACACUCCCUGCCAUAACUAUAGUGAGAUUCAUAUUACAAUACAAGCAUCCAAAGAAUAUAUAGAGAUUUAGUGCAAAUCCAGGUGACUUACUAAUGCCCUUUCAUGUUUGAUUAAAACAGGGUCCAGAUGCUUAUGCUCAUAUUACCUGAUAUUAUUAUUCUUUAUGUGAGGCCAUAAUAUUUUCUAAGUCACGUCGUAGUACCCAGUGAGUAAUUUUUUUUUUUUUUUUCUUUCUUUCUUUUUUAUAUGCUUUUCUUUCUUUUUUCUUUUAUGUGCCCAGCACCCAGUUUUGUGUUGCGUUGUAUAUCUUUAAUCACGGUUAGGAGAGAAUAGCUCUUUAAAAUGAAGGUUCCAUGGAAGAUUACAAUAUCCCCACCUUGGUGAAUGCACUUUUACAAUGUGGGGGUUGCAUAAUUAAACGUUUCUGAAGAGAAAAAGUAAAAAUAAGAUACUUGUGUAUACCUGUGCCUCUGAAUAUUUGUAAUUGUGUUAGAACUCUUAAUGGAGAGAUAUUAGUACUAUGUUCAGUGUUAAUUGUACAACUCUCAAGAUUAGGCAUGAAUCCUGAAGAUAUAGACGACUAGAGAAGAGUUCUGAAACGCAAGACAGUGCUGCUAAGUAUGAAUAUUUAUACAGUAUGUGAUUACGUCAUUGCUCUCUCCAGCACGGUAUGGAUACGCAGUUUCGAUAUUUUAUUCCGAGAGGUUUGCAAAGGACUGUGGUCGAGCUUGAGAAAACGGCAAUAAGUUUAGCGUGGUCAGACAUCCAUUUAGGAAAUUGUGUUCUUGUUGAUAUUUGUUUUUGUUUUCAUUGUUAUUAAUUUUUUGCAUUUUUUAAAACAAAAAACAAAAAAUAAUAAAAAAAAAAGAAGUGCAUAUAGAUUUAAAAAAAAACAGGAGAGAUUAUUUUAGCAAAAAGUGGAACAGUUCUUCUUUUUAUUUUUUCCUUUUUUCUUUCUCCUUUUCCCAAUUACUAUUCUUUCCAUUAUCCUUACUUUAUCCUAGCCACAGAAGAGAAAAAAAAAUGCCCUCAAUAUACCCUUGCUUGGUCUUUGUAGAUUAUCUAGGAAGUUACAAAUGAAUGAAUAUUUUUUCUUUCUUUCUUUCUCUCUUUUUCUUUUUUUAACUUUAGAUGUUAUAUCCUCCAAGGGACCUGGUCUGAAGAGUGUGGUUUCACAUAGCAUUGUAAUUUUGUAAUUUGUGAGACAGUUUCUUGUUCAAAGUUGUUUUUCGAAGGGCAGUAGAAAGGGUGAUCUUGAAGGGAAUUGAGUGAUGUUUAUGUAGACUUUAACACACCAAUAUUAUUUUUUUAUUUUAUUUUUUCCCCCUCCUUUUCUUUCUUUCUUUCAUUCUGUCUUUUUAUUUUUUUCUUUCUUUCUGUCUUACUAUCUUUCUUUUCUUUCUUUCUGUCUUUCUGACUGUCUUUUCUAUCUUUCGUUUCUUUCUCUCCCCUCACUCUCUUUGAUCAUUUUUGUUCUUAUUAUAGUUGAUUUUUUACAUAAUUCAUGUUAAUUUUGUACAAGCAAUUUUGUAUUUAUCACUUCAUUAUGAACUACAUCAUCUCUUUAUUAGUACUACUACUUCUACAACAACAACAACUACACUACUAUACGACUGUUACUACUACUACUUCUUCUUCUUCUUCUUCUUCUUCUUCUUCUUCUUCUUCUUCUUCUACCUCUACCUCUCCUACUCUUACUACUACUAUUAUCAUUAUUAUUAUUAUUAUUAUUACUGAUUUGAUAUUUUUAUUGUAAUUUUUUAUACUUUACUUGGGGACAAUAUCAGCUAAUCAAUAAAUAUAUAUAUAAUAUAUAUAUAAAUGUAUUUUGUUCUGAUGUUUAUUUUAGAUUUGACAAAUGUGACUCCAUGCCCUAGAAAAGGUGGGGGGGGGGGGGGGAUGAAAUAAAUGUGAUUUGAAAAUACCGAAGUUUAAAGUCCUAGUGAGCGUAGAUGUAUGUUAUUGUGCAUGUGUGGGUGUGUGCAAAGGCAUGCGAGUGUAGAGUUAUCACUUUGUAACUUGUAAGGAAAGUUGGCCGAAGAGCUUUGUUACAUAUCAGUGAUUCAUUAUCAAAGUUGAGAAAAUUAUCUGCUGAGAGACCGAGCCUGAUUAGAUUUUUUUUUUUUUUUUUUUUCUUUUUCUUUUUUCUUUUCUUUCUUCUGUAUGGUGUCUUGAAAACAUUGUAUACUUGUUAAUUUCUCAGUCAUGGACAGGUGGAGUUCUCACAGCUUUCAUGAAUGGUGCCUAUUACUGUGUAUGUAUAUAUCCAAUACUUUUGUAGGACGUAAAAACAAGAAAAGGAAAAAAAGAAGAGAGAUGUUUGAUCUCCGUAAAUGCACCAUAUGAUUGUGUGCAGAAUCGAGAUUUCUUCCACUUUCCUCUGUUCUGUCUGUCUGGAUAACGUUCUUGUCCACUCCCAUUUUCUUUAUCAUAUCUUCUCUUUCCUGAUCCUCUAUCUCUGUGUUGUUUUCUUCUCUGCUAUCAUCUUUGUCUUACCCUCUCCUGAGAAUAUUAUUGUCAAAGAUUAACUCUUUAAAAUUCUCUUUGUCACCGAAUCAAAACAUUGUUGCUUGAGUUUUUGUCUUUUCUCUAGCAUAUCAUGACUCUUUAUCCUUCCACUUAUAGGAACCAAUUAUCCAUUUGUGAUUUUCCUCCUCAUCUUAGACCACAUAAGUUAUGAGUACCUGGUAACACACAGACCAUGUUGCCACUUUUGAACUUUGUAAGGCCCCCCCUCCCUCCCUCUCAAUAAUAACCUAGAUAGUAUGCUUGUGCUUCAAGCUGCAAGCUAUGCACUUGAAUUUCCUUAUUUUCUUUUCUUUGAGUGGACUAUAUGUUAGACCAAGUUAUAUAAGACAAAAAGAAAUUGCUUUCACCUUUUGGAAGAAAGCUGAUUGCCUUUGAACAAGUAGUAUCUUUUGAGUAUGCUUGCAGGCAAGUAAAUGCCAUUUGCUUUGUAAUAUAACAUUACUAGCCUUGGUUGUGUCUAGGAAAUCUUCUGUUAAUAGUAGUGGGGAGGGGGAGUGAUACUCUUCACGUAACUGAGCCAGAAAUAGAAAUGAAUCCUCACAUAACUUUGUUGUUAGGUUCCAUAGAUAGCAUUUUUUUUCUAUUAUAUGUCAGAAAAGUGAACUAUUAAAACAAGCUUAACUUCUCUGCAGUGUAACUGCAUUUGUUAAAACAUUUAGCCUGGAAUGCUUGAAAAUUGUCAGAUCAAAAUCAGACCCAAUGGAAUUCCUGCCUUAGAUUGGUACUGAGUAUGUGUGUGGGAACAUCUCAAGGUGCUUUCAUUCUUCAGUAUUUCAAGUUACAAGGAUUUAUAACUACAGUCCUAGCCAUUGCAAUCAAGAUGAAAAUAUCCUUGCAUCAUCAUUUGGUAUUCUAGAUCCAGAACCUGUGAUACCUGUAUAGGGACUUUGCUAAAGAUACUGCUCUUCCAUAGCUUAAUCUACAAGUAAUUAAUAUUUCUGGUCAUAGAAAUCCUUACAGUUAUACAGAUUUUCUGAUUAACACUGUGUGUUUGUGUAUGCAAGAGUGUGCGUGCAUGCGUGCGCGUGUAAUAUGCUAUAUGUUUAGUAUAAUACAUUCAAGUACAUCUGUGCAAACACACCCAUAAAUGGAUGUUCACACAUACAUCAUGUUAAACAGUUGAAAUAUGUUUUACAGCCCAAAAGACAAAGCUUUCUGCCAGCUGGUAGGAUUUUCUGUGACAAAAAGUAAGUCCCAAGAAUUAACUUUUCUGAUCUUGUGAAGGGAGAAUGGUUUUCUAAGUAAUCUGCCAACCAUAUAUAGUUCCAGCUUCAAGUCUUUCAUGCGUCUUGGCCCAGCAUCAGCUUUCGUGCAAAAAUCGGAUAAGCCAUUAUGAUUUUGAAGAUAAUAAUUGUUAUUAUUGUUUUUAUAAUUAUUAUUAAUGUAAUUUUUUUCUUCUUCUUAACUGUUGUUUUAUAUUUUAUUUUUUUUAUUAUUAUUUCUUAUUAUCAUUUUCAUUUGCUUUUAUUAUUUUUAUUAUUAUUUAUUAAUCCUAUUUCUAUGAAGAUAAUAGUUGGCAUUUAUGUUGUUCUUACUGUUGUUAUUGUUAUUAUUUCAUAUGAUAAUCAUGAGUCAUACUGUUAUUAUUAUUAUUAUUAUUAUUAUUAUUAUUAUUUUAAUUACUGAUUUUAAAAGAUUUCCUGGCUUUUUAUUGUAUGUCAUUAACAAGGUCUACAAGCACCUGAGUGAUACUUGACAUGCCUUCAAUUUGUCAUAAAUACCCAUUAUUAUGGAACAUGUAGGGAAUGAAGGAUGGCAUGCACUGGAAAAGAUUUUACCUAUAGAAUGGCCUUAAUUGCAUUUGGCCAGGCUUUUUUUAAGAAUUUAAAGUUGGAGUGGGUAGGUUCUGCUUCUCUCCCCCCCUCCCCCUUCUGUCUCUCUCUCUCUCUCUCUCUCUCUCCUUUUUUAUCAUGUCUUGCCAGUUAUUCUCUGAGGGAAGCAGCUGGUUCCUUGGGGUAGAACUGAUUUUUUUUUUUCAAGGGAAAGGUCUUGGUAUCAAUUGUCAUUUCUCUUGUCGUUGGUGAUGUUGGUGAUGUUUCAUCAUGACAGUGCUUUCCAUUGUCAUAUCUUUCACAUGUAGAGAAUUAGUUUUGUGCAAUGCAAAAUUGUUAAUGAGUGUUAUAUUUCUAACAUUUAAUACAUCUAUUUGUUCUUUUUUUCAUUUUUUGAGGAAUCUAAUGAAUGCUAUUGUUUAAAUGAGCCACAUAUUGCAAAGAAGUGAGCAUGGCCUUCACUCUGACCAAAAGACAGUGUGAUAAGAUUAGAGGUAUUACAUAGUCAAUAUUUUGUAUGUAUUCUUAUUCUGGUCAAGAUCAACAUUAUUGUUAGUAAUAAUGGGGCUAAGUCAAUGCAGUGAUCCACAUUUAUGUGUUUUGCCCCCACCCUGUGUUUUUGAGUAUCUGUAGUCUAUAUUUUUAUGCUAGUGAAGGAGAUUAGACCAUCAGGAAGGAUGCUAAAAAGUGUGUGCGGUUGGUCUGCUUAAUAGCAGUAGAUGUUGUGAUUGUUACUGAUGGCAGUUUCUGCUAUGCUUUUUCUUCUUACCAAUGUUUUCAUUACACUGUUUUAUACAGGGAAAGUCAAAUGAUGAGUGUAUUUUGUGUAGUAUGGCCAAGGAGAGUAUCCUCUUCAACCCAAAGCAGAUAUGUAUUUGUGGGAAGGAAUUUUGUUUUACUUAACAUUUAAGUACAAAGGUUUGCAUUUUGUAAUGUUUGAAUGGAGGUCAUAGCUGGACCUUCAUGGGUGAUAUUGUUAUUGCACUUGUAUAUUUACGGAAAUUCCAGGGGGAAUGAGAUGUACAUGUCAGGAACAUGAAAACUUAUUGAUGUGAGGGCAUUGAAAGUUUUGAACAAACACCCACCAAAUGUUUGAACAUUUUUUUUUAUUCAUUUAUUUAUUUUAUUUAUUAUUAUUAUUAUUAUUAUUAUUAUUUUUUUAGAGAUGCAACCAAGAUUGUGUGGCUAAAAGCAACUGAUGCGAGCAUGUGAGUUCAGUCUGGGUCUGUGACAUCUGAUCUCUUUGAACAGUAACCAAAGUAGAACAUUGUUUGUGAUUUUUUAGUCAUACAGAGAUUUCAUCCAGAAUGAAGUGUUUCAGAUUACAUUGUGCAAGACAAAGAGACACCAAGGAGCAAUAAGCAAUGCAUUCUUUUCUUUUUCUUUUCACUGUUUUGCUUCAAUUCUCAAUUACUGUGCUUUUUUUUAUUUGACUUGUUUAUGGUAGAGGUCAGGUGUUUUUAUCCAAGAAAUAUACCAGUCUUAUACAAUGUUUUUUGAAAUGUUCAUAAUUUUCCAAGUCUUUCGUAUAAUUAAAUUUGCCAUUCCAUCACAUUUGACCGACAGUGGACAAUAUUCCCCAUGUGCCUGUGUAAGCUGUUCUUCUAGAAGGAAUUCAAUUUUGAGGUUGAUGACUCUCCUGUCAAGCAAGAUACGACGAUCUGAUGACAAAAAUCUGUGAAUGAACAUUUGAGCAACUGUAAGUCAUAGUGGUUGUUACGACAAGUCCAGUGAUUGUCACUAUAAAGAUGACACGUUAUUGUUACUUUGGGAGUUUUUUUGAACACUUAACGUCUUUAUUGUGGAGUAAUGGAACUUACAUAACACUGAUUUAUUUGGGGUCUUAAUUGUCACUUUCCCUCUUGCUUUAAAAAAAGAAAAGGAAAUGUUAUAUGUAUAUUGAUGUUACUAAUGUGUAUUAAUGUGUUAGACAUUAAUAUUGCUGUUACUACUAUUUAUCGUUAUUAUUAUUAAUUUUUUUAUUAUUAUUUAUUUUUUAUUAUUGUUGUUUUUAUUUAUUAUUACUAUUAUUAUUAUUAUUAAUAUUAAUAUUAAUUACAACCAUUACUGUUAUUACCAUUAUUAUUAUUUUCUAUUUAUGGUGUUCAAUCUUAUUGUUAUCUUUAUUAUUUUUACCUUUUUAUUAUCAUGGUCAUUAUCAUUCGUAUAAAUGCAAAUGGGAAAAAGAAAUGUUCAUUAUAUCCAACAGGCACUUAUCCAACGAUAUGCAGCAACUUGCAGUCCUAUCCUUUGAGGUCUGUCAUCUGCAGAGUCCCUUUUUGUGGGUGGAUUCUCUCCUUUCAUAUAUAUAUUUAUUUAUAUGUUUAUUAAGUUUUGAAUGCAGAAGGACUUUUUUUUUUUUU